UUUUUUCACAUUAUGUAUGUCGUCCUGAUGAUGGAGUAUCGAGUGUGAGAGUUGCUGUUAGAUCCCUUUUACGAGUAACAUACGCUAAAAUCUGCAGACGGUCUCCGACUUCUCUAAACCAAAUUUAGCUCAAAUCUUAACUUCUGGGGUUGUUUUCUUGUUAAUUUGAUUGGUACAAGACGGCACACAUACAGACACAGCGCGAGACGGAGAGAGAGAGAUCUUAGUUAGCCAUGGAAGACGAGAAGGGGACGCUGGUUCAGAAGCUAAUUGACAUCGUUAAUGAGAUUUCUGCAAUCUCGGACUACAGAUGGGCAAUUAAGAAGCAGUACUGUAACCUUGCGAGGCGAUUGAAGCUCUUGACUCCGAUGUUUGAAGAGAUCAAAGAGAGCAAAGACCCCAUCCCUGAUGAGAAUGUAAAAGCCCUAAUUUCUUUGAAGGAAGCUUUGGAAUCAGCCAAGGAGAUGCUCAGAUUUGGUGGCGAAGGGAGCAAAGUUUUUUUGGUUCUAGAGAGGGAGAAAAUAAUGAACAAAUUCCAGGAGGUGACAACUCAACUGGAACAAGCUUUGAGUGGAAUUUCCUUUGAUAAACUUGACAUAUCAGAUGAAGUUAAAGAACAGGUUGAGCUUGUCAUUGCUCAGUUCAAACGAGCUAAAGGACGGGUAGAUGCACCUGAUGUUGAACUGUAUGAGGAUCUUUUAUCUGUUUACAACAAGAACAGUGAUGCAGAUACAGACCCAGCGGCCUUAAAGAGAUUGACAGAUAAGUUACAGCUGGUGAGCAUAGCUGACCUCAAGCAAGAAUCACUAGCUUUGCAUGAGAUGGUAGUUGCAAGUGGUGGAGAUCCUGGAGAGAGCAUUGAAAAGAUGUCAAUGCUGCUCAAGAAAAUCAAGGAUUUUGUGCAGACUCAAAACCCUGAUAUGGGUGCUCCUGCAAAUGAGAAGACUGAAAUCCCAGUCAUACCAGAGGAUUUCCGCUGUCCGAUAUCACUAGAAUUAAUGAAAGAUCCUGUCAUAGUGUCAACAGGGCAGACAUAUGAACGAGCAUGCAUUGAGAAAUGGCUUGAAGCAGGGCAUGUCACAUGUCCAAAGACACAACAGAAACUUUCAAGUACUGCCCUUACACCAAACUAUGUUUUACGUAGCCUCAUAGCCCAGUGGUGUGAAGCCAAUGGGAUGGAACCCCCUAAAAGACUGAGCAAUUCACGACCUAGUAAGGCUGCAUCUACCUGCUCUCCUGCUGAACUUGCCAAGAUUGAUAUUCUCCUUCGGAAAUUAACAUCUGUCAAUAUUGAAGACCAGCGUUCAGCUGCUGGUGAGUUGCGCCUUCUUGCCAAGCGUAACGCUGACAAUCGUGUGUGCAUUGCUGAGGCUGGUGCUAUCCCCUUCCUUGUUGGUCUUCUCUCAACUACUGACCCACAGACCCAGGAGCAUGCUGUCACUGCACUGCUCAAUCUUUCCAUCUGUGAGGAUAAUAAAGGUAGCAUCAUAUCCUCUGGGGCUGUACCUGGUAUUGUGCAUGUUCUCAAGAAGGGGAGCAUGGAGGCACGGGAAAAUGCAGCUGCUACACUCUUUAGCCUGUCAGUGGUAGAUGAGAACAAGGUGACAAUUGGUGCAUUUGGGGCAAUCCCAGCACUUGUAACACUGCUGGGCGAAGGUAGCCAGCGGGGGAAGAAGGAUGCAGCAACAGCACUCUUCAACUUGUGCAUAUACCAAGGGAACAAGGGAAGGGCAGUGAGGGCUGGAGUAGUCCCCACGCUAAUGAGACUGCUCACAGAACCUGGAGGUGGAAUGGUAGAUGAGGCAUUGGCCAUACUAGCAAUAUUGGCAAGUCACGCUGAGGGGAAGGCUGCAAUUGGAGCUGCAGAAGCUGUGCCAGUCCUAGUGGAGGUGAUUGGAAAUGGAUCACCCAGGAACAGAGAAAAUGCAGCUGCAGUGCUGGUGCAUCUGUGUUCUGGGGACCCAAAACAUCUUGCAGAGGCCCAGGAGCUUGGAGUGAUGGGUCCAUUGUUGGACCUUGCACAAAAUGGCACAGACAGGGGCAAGCGGAAAGCUGCACAAUUGAUCGAUCGUAUGAACAGGUUUGUUGAGCAGCAGAAGCAGGUUCAGGUGCAAGCUGAAGCCCAGGCUCAGUCUCAGACCCAGAUCCAGCAUUCAGAAUCACCAUCUACAGUAGGAAGCAUUGAUAGAUAAGUGCUUUUUGUUGUGUUUUUUCUCUUCUUUUGUCUUGUUGGCUUGGUUUUUUGGUUCAUUUGAAAAGAGACGGGGUUUUUCUUGAUUAGGGAUGGGGGGUGGAAGAGCACCUGCCCAUCUGUUGCUAAGUUAUUCAUUUGUUUAUGUGGGUUGUGGCCCCUCAUACGUUAAAGGGAUGAAGAUGUGAAGAGCCAUCCGAAGAAAAGGAAGAGAGUCCAACAUGUUAGACAUAAAUGUGUAAUUUACAAAUUUAUAAUGUACUACUGUAAAACAUCCUCAAUUUUUUGGAAGGAAAUAUAUCUUUUAAUCCACUAAAAGAAACAUUUUCUUUUCUCA